AUGAUUGGCGAACGGACUCUCAUGGGUUGGCCAUUCCUGCAGGAAGGAUCGGUUGUGGCGGUCUCUGAUUCAUUGUUUAAGUACGAGAAGAUGACAGUCGUGCCUGGGACACCGGCCAAGGUCAUCUCAAACCCACACGCGCCACAAGGAUUGGGCCAUUGGAAGAUGAAGGCCGAUCAUAUCGAGCAGGUUUACUCUAAACGAUCAGGAGUCAUUACACGCACUGUUGACAUUCUCCUACAUGUCCUUCCUCUAAAAGGCCUGAAACGAUUGGAGCCUGGUGCCUUUGUGAAGGACUGUGAGGGCCCAGAAAGGGAAACGGAACAUGCAGUGCAGAUGUGUCUUCCCAAAGUUGCUUCAAAAGAUCCUCGCUCCCUCGAACGCGACGCACCUCCUUUGUCAGAGGAGUCCCCCAGAUUUUCAUGCUGGGGGAACAUGCGUAUGGGGUGGCUGCUUCAGUCUCUGCCACGACCGAAACCAGUUUGUCUGCAAUACUUGGAUUCUUCCCAGCUGAAAAGGCUGAGAAUGACCAGUUCUAAGCCGUCGUACAGAGUCGACGAUCUAGCCACUACUUCCCCUCUUUUAAAGCUGCAGAGACGGUUGGAAUCUCAGGGCGGGCUUUGGGGAAGAUUACGUCGAGUUUCAUGGUCAUCACCGAAGGCUUUGAAGGUCGUCGACGAUUCUCACAAAGAGGGCCGGCAUUGGGAGUAUAGCGAGAGGGCAAUCGACCUGAUCCGAGAGUACAAGGCAAAGUUUCCUGAGGUCUUCCUCUCGUUAGAUAACAGCAGAGAUGCGAUGGCAAGGGUAUCCGACAUCCUGUCGGGGCCGGAUCCUGAAGGUCGUGUUAGGGUGAUUAAAGCAUGGCUAAAGACGAAGGGUGUUGGAGAUUUCGAGCCCGUCUCCCUUUUCUGUGACCAACUAGGCAAGUUCAAGAAGGCCAUAGUCAAAGGAAUCCCUAGACAAGCUGUUCUCAAACCUGCACACACUGCUUACCAUCUUCAGAAUCAACACUUUGCUUUGGGCGACUGUGUUACGAUGGUGCAAGACUCUGGAAGCGUUCCACUAUCAGUCAAAGGUGUCGUCAUUGGGCUCAAUUCGAAGACUGUAGACGUAGUGUGGGAUGUUCCGUUCAUGUCUGGGAUAACGUUGGGGGAUCGCUUGCCCAACCCACAGUUCAUAACGUCUACCAACCCUAAAGCUCCGCCGCCCGUUCGGAAUGAGGUCCCCUUUGAACCGAGACAUGGUCCCCGACCCGAGAUCAACCCCGCGCCUGGCCAGGCUCCAGCAGCUGGAUUCCACCCAGCGCAACCUCCCAGCCACCGACUGCCCAUGCACAUCGUGGCCAACCCCAACCGCGGCUGA